AUGUCGGCCUUCACGGCCCUCAACGGGGGCUUCCCGACCAGCUCCGACACUCCGGUCAUCAAGGUGGACAGCUCUGCAGCAGGAGAGCCAGGAAGGACGGCUUCGCCAUCCCAGGCACCGCCCCAGCAGGCUGGGGGUCCGGCCAGCCGUCGGGAGAGCGUCGAGCGCCCAACGAUACAGACUGGUGACCACUCGGGCCUAGCAGAUCCAUCUCUCAAGAGGAAACGCUCAGGAUCCGCCGAGGCCGUGAAGCACCCCGUUGCCCAGGAGCGCACACCAGAUACAGCGACCGAACCGCUGCCUCCGCCGCCGCCGCCGCCGCCUCAGCCAUACGGCGAUCCCCGCGACGAAGCACGCACCGUACUCAAGGGCGAACCCCAGCAGCCUCGCUCUCCGCUCAGGAGUCGAGAGAGGGACCGCUGGCACUCUUCACGCGAACCCGACGACAGGUCACCUUACCACUCGCGCCGCGGCUCCGCUACCUCACUGCGAAAUGAAGCGGAGGGCCGUCCUGGGGAGGGGACGUCGAGGCCUACGUCGCGGACCGACCACGUCGAUGACGGAAACUCGAGUCCAGACCCGGAAGACACAUCCGUCUCGUACUACGGAGCAGCGCCCUACUCGUCGGAAAACAGGUCAAGCUCUGUCCUGCAGCACGACCCCAAGAAGCGAAAGCGCAACUUCAGCAACAGGACCAAGACUGGGUGCAUGACAUGCCGCAAACGCAAGAAGAAGUGCGACGAGACAAAACCAGAGUGUCAAAACUGUCUCAAGGGUGGCUUCGUCUGCACCGGCUACUCGUCCUACAGGGGGACGGGUUGGCAGAAGCCCGAGAACAAGUCUCCUACGGUGCACCUGGAGUCCAAGGACCCGAGUUAUGUGCCGCCUGGCGCGUACGGCAUGCCCCAUCCAGGCCUGCAUGCUGGUGGCCAACCGCAGCCGGCCAAGAGGGACCGUGAACCGCUUCCACAUUACCGGGGCCAGGUGCUUAGGAUCGACCCGCCCCAGGGCCGGCCCGUCGUGACCGACGACGACCGACCAACAGCGUCAACAAUGCCGAGCGCGUCCACCACGAGUCCAGAUAAUAGGCUGUCGGCCAUGACCUACACACCGGCAAACGCAUUUCCUACGCCCAUCAGCGCAAAUACCCAGACACCUUCAUUCAGUGACAGGAUGGCAAAGGACUAUCAACGAGUGCCUCCGCUGCACGACCUGAGCAGGCAGGAGCCCGAGACGCCCCAUCCCGGGACGCCUCAUCAGGGAGGUCAUCUGCCUCACCUGGGACUCCUGCAUCCGACCACGCGCACCACGAGCCCUGUGGCCCCGGGCCACCCCAAGACAUCGGCCCCGAACCCCCAGGUAGUUCCCCAGCUCGGCUUGGCGCACUCGGCCUACCAGCCGCACAAGCGGACGCAGAAGGAGGAGAUGCUCUCCGGCCGGCUCUACUACCCCUUUGACAAGGAGCUGUGCCUGGAGCGCGAGCGGUGCGCCGCCGCCUGCUGGCGCUUCAACAACAUCACGACGCCGCCCAACGGCGUCUCACCCGAGGAGCGCGCCCGGCUGUUCCUCGAGAUCCUCAGGCCGCGCGACCCGAUUCGCAUGUCGCCCGGCGAGUCGUCGCCCGUCCUCAACUUUGGGCGCGUCGGCGGCCAGGUGACGGUCGAGACGCCCUUCACCUGCGACUACGGUUACAACCUCAUCAUCGGCAACAACGUCGCCAUCGCCCGCAACUGCACCAUCAGCGACGUCUGCGAGGUGCGCAUCGGCGACAACUGCGUCAUCGGCCCCAACGUCAGCAUCUUCACCUCGACGCUGCCCAUCGACCCCAAGAGGCGCCAGGGCGGACAGGGCCCCCAGUCGGCCAAGCCCAUCGUCAUUGAGGAGAAUUGCUGGAUCGCGGGUGGUGCCAUGAUCCUGGCCGGAAGGACCAUCGGCAAGGGAAGUACCGUUGCCGCGGGGUCCAUCGUGACCAAGGAUGUUCCACCCUUUACCGUCGUAGCCGGCAACCCGGCACGUGUUCUACGUGGCAUCGCGUCCUGA